AUGGAGCUUAGCGAGGUAGGCACCGUAGUCCCGCUUCUGGUCACUUUCGUCGUUGGAGUCCCAGGUCUCGUCCUUCUAUUUUUUCAAAUCCGCAAAUGUGUACGCAGCAGACGAGCUCAAGAGACCGCCGUCGUUCCCGAUGUUGAGACCUCAAAUCUAGAAAUCACGUCCCCCACAGCUGCCAGCUCCGACGAGCCCAGUCCCCCAAAUCCAUCUAACGGGAACGUUAUAAAUCACAACAUCUUCAACUUCUACACAGGACAUCAUCCAGACAUUCCAAUCACUCUGGCAGUCAUCCAUCCCCGAAGGGUACUUAGGGGAGGCAUCGAACGAGACCCGGUAACUAGUCUCCAGGGUCUGUUACCACCCUGGAGAGUAGGGACUUGGCCAUCAGAUGCGUUGAGAAGAUAG